AUGCAUAUAACUGUAGCAACAUUAGAUGGUCAACAUGUACUUAGUGUCGAUGUUAGUAAUGAAUUAGAUUUAGCCAGUUUGAAAGUAUUAUGUGAAGAAGAAUUGAAAAUAAAAGCGUCAGAGAUGGUGUUAAUGCAUAAUGGUGGACACACUAGUAGCAGCGGUGGUGUUUCUUCGAGACGUGGUACGGGUAGUAGUGGUGCACAACAGCAAUUUGAUCCAUCAAAUCCUCGUCAAUUGUUUGAUAUGGUACGAUCAAAUCCUGAGUUAUUGGCUCAACUACGUCAAGGCAAUCCGCCUGUGGGUGAUGCUAUAGCAUCAAAUAAUUACGAUAUAUUAUAG